CUGAAUCAGUGUGGAAUUAGAGGAAUUCUACGAUUUAAUACCACAAUGCGAAGAACACGAAGUGAUUUUCCUCGGAAUGGAAAUCGAUUUGAUUUGAAAACGAAACGAGCAUGGUUAAGAAUGGGAUCAGACGGUGCGUUAAUUGCAGUGCAACGUAAUCGUGUGCGUUAAUCAGUGAUCGGCAGGUUGCGUAGGGCAAGAGGUAUGUUAGCAGCACUUACGAACAGUCGCUCCAAGGCGCCCCAUGAAGGUGCCCCCUUGGCGUUUCCAUCUUAUCACAUAACAAAUACAUACGGCGCUAUCAUAUUCUCGAGUGCUCUGGGACAAACGAGUACGAGAAUGCCCUACGGAAAGUUGCACGUUCUUCCAUUGAGCCUCUUUAUCCUGAUCCCGGUGACGUUUCUAAUUACGUACACUAUAUCGGUGCAGUGGGACCACGUGGUGCCAGGAUUCCCAUACAUAUCGGAAACAGGCACAUUGUCGCCGGAAUCGUGUAUAUUUGCCCAAUUCCUUAAUAUAGCCGCGUUGCUCCUCGCCUGUUGCGUGUACAUCAGACAUCGACAAGUUUCCCAAUGGCAAUUGGAAAGGGGGAACGAUCUGGUUAGCAAGAGGAUCGUUGUUGUGACGGCGUGGUGCGGCGUUCUAGCCUGCUUCGGUCUCGAUAUUCUGGCCAACUUUCAAGAGGCCCGUGUCGUGGGGGCUCAUAUGAUCGGGGCGAUGACAUGCUUCACGGCUGGAACAAUCUAUUUUUGCCUUCAGACGUAUUUGAGUCACAAAAUGGUACCGGCAGUGAACGGACGAGUGGUGGUUUACAUCCGCGCGGGACUUUCCGUUUUGACGUUAAUUUUGACCAUCGCCACGAUCAUACCCGGCUACAUAUCAAUGCUAGAAUUUCAAGGUAACGAUUACAAGAAAUGGCUGCCAACGGACGGUGGAUGGGGUUGGCACGUCGCUAGUGCAAUUUCCGAGUGGGUUCUUGCCAUUGUUUAUUGCUGCUUCCUCCUCACGUUCGUGCCAGAAUUUCGAUUGAUCAACUUCGAGGAUCCAGUGGUUACGCUGAUAUAUCUAGACAAGGACCAAGACUUGAAAUUGUCGCACAAGCUGAGCUCGCAAGUUCAAGAGUCUUGAGAUCCCUCGGAUAUAUGAAGUCUCGAUUAAGUAUUAUUAAAUUAUAUUUCUUCUGGAGAGUAUGCAUCUAAUGAUUAUUUUCAAGCAAUAAUAAUUUUAAAAAUGUAACAGCUUCGUCAGAUAUCACGUUUUCGAGUCGAGUUAAAAGUUAUUCAAUGAAUAAGUACGCGUACGUUUCUACGUUUCUUUAUCUUUUGAUUCUACUUAAUUAUCUCUCGAUUCACUUUACUCCAGUUGGUGAACGGGUUACAUCCUUGGUUGUAAAAAA